UGGGACAUUUCAGAAAUGGGACAUCAACAAGUCUUGUGUGCUCUCUUCCCUCCCUGAGCAAAUAAAAUGGAAGGAACUUUUUACUGUAGCACAAAUAUGGAACAUAUAAAGGGAAACAAAAUUAGCAUCUUUCUGCUGCUUGUUUCCAAACAUUUUGGAAAUUUUCAAAACAGUUUGAUGUUAUAAACCACACAUUCAAAAGAUAAUGACAGAGACAUUUCUUUUCCCAUACUGAAUUUACUUCUACAGUAUAUGAAGGUAACAAUGACCAUGUUUACAUGCAAACCAAUAUGCAGAUAUAACUGGUGAAAAGUCUGCUCAUUGAAGUAAGCUGUUGUCCUGGAUUUCACAUAAACCAGUAGCCGGUUAACAACGUUUUUUUUUAAUAAACCAGUUUGUUAGUGGCAUCAAAAUAUAAGAAUUUGCAUACUUAACUGUUCUGUUGUUUUUCAUUUUAAAUAUUAGUAGUUCCACCAAAAAUGGAUAUUCUGUUAUUAAUUACUCAUGUUGUUUCAAUUCCCUAAGACUUUCGUUCAUUUUUGUAACACAAAUGAAGAUAUUUUGGGAAAAAUCCAGGAGCUCUCUUAUCCUCCAAAUACAGAAAUAGUCCUGAGAUGUUCAAAGUAGGGCUGGACGAUUAAUCAAAUGCGAUUUUCAUGCACAUUUUGUCAGUAAAGCCUGUUCCAGUAAACCUCCAGCAUGUGCUUUUGAUGGUGCAGAGUUUACUACAGGUCUCGUAGUACACUGGUAAGCUAUACAAAGACUGGAUUUAAUAUUAUAUGUGAUUUAAUCAGUUAAUAAUGACAUAGAGAUAAUCAUUCUGUGAUAAUAGCAACUGUUUGCGAAGCAGUGAACUAUGGCUCUAGUAAAUGCUUCAUUGUGUUUUAUUAUUGUCUACCCUAAUCCCAAACCCUCACACUAACCUAAAAAUAGUAAGUAUUGUUCUAGAGUGUCACAAAAAAGUAUGCUAUAUUGAUGUGCACGUGCCCAACUCGUGCAAUGCUGUAUCCUUUUUAGACUUCUGCCAUUUCCCUAUUAGUACAUUUGUAGGAGUUUGGGUUUUUUUGAGAGCGCACGCUGGCCUUCGGAGAUUUGCUACAGAUUACACCAUUCAGUGCUUCACUGAGAAUAUUUGCAUGACAAUCAGUUUUGCUCAAUCACGUUUACGAUUUCAGUUCUAUUACUUGCCCAGUCCUAUAGUAUUUCCAAUUCAGAAAAGAAACCAAAAACAUUGUCAGAACAUUCCAUGUGACUUUAGUGGUUUUACUGUAAAAUAAAGCUCCAAGAACACUUGUGCCAAAAACGUCAAUGUCUUCCUUUUCAUUUCAGGUCAGGAUGCUUGUUUACUAUAGGCAAAACAAUGUAUUGCCACGAGAGUCUGCAGUGCAAUACAUAAGCAUCGUAUUCCCCGUAGUAAAUAGGGAUCCUGACAUGGAAGACAUAGACAAAUAGUCUUUUAUUGGGGGAUGAACAAAAGUGUUUUUAAUUAAUAGCAGAGUUUUCAUUUUUGGGUGAACUAACCGUUUAAAAAAAGGCCAAUAUAUUAACUUCUCAAGCUGAUUUAUUUUGACUGUACAGUAUAGCACUUUACAGUAUGUGAACAUAGCCUAGAAGUAUUUAGCUCAAAGCAUCUGAGUUUGCAGUUAAUUUUCUCCUCUUUCUGUAAAACAUUUGGUCUGUCUGGAUGAGCUUGAAUUCGCAAUAUGGAUGUUCACACCUGCAAGUUGAUGCAUUUACUUGCUGGGCGCAAUUGGUAUAAGAGUCAUAAAAAACCAUGUUGUUUGUUUAUGCUUAAGCUGUUGACCUUACUCCAGUAAAGAAAACCACAUUAGCAUAACCAUGUGCGUUGUCUGCUUAUGAAGCAUAAUAGGGUUAAGAACGUGUCUGUAAACGCACUCACUGUUGAUAUUAACAAUGAGGAGUGGAAAACAGGAAAGUGACCUCAGUUUUGACACAAUAAUCCCUCUUUUUCACUCUCCCUCCCUCUGCUGGACUGUAGUACCAGUUAGGGCACUGAAUGCAGUCUGGGGAUUGUGUGCGUGUUUGUGUGUGUGCGUGUGUUUUGGUUUGCUUGAAGGAUGUUCAUCCCCUCCAGCUUCUCCUCUUGCUCUGCAGGAAGAUAGCAGGCAGAAUCCAGCCGAAGUUGUGUUUUCUGGAGCAAUUGGGCAUUGGAAUCAUGGGAGUGACCCAUGGAAAGAAAGCUGAUCAUAAUCUUCAAAGUCAUAAUUCCGCCUGUGCUCAACCACUUAUUGGACCUGGUGAAUCAGAUUUAGUCUCUGAUCUUGGAUCUCUAAUAGACCCUGAUCAGAGGUGGGCAAGAGAAGAGGAUUUAGACCACAGCAAGUUGCUUCCUGAGCACACGGACUAUGAAGAGCUCAUAAGGCCCAAAAAGCUCCACAAUCCCAUCAAAGCGUCCAAGAGCCACCGGGAGCUCCAGCGAGAGCUGAUUAUUACACACAAAAGAGGAGUGGUGGUGGAGGAGAAGCCGGAGUUACAGAGAGUUCUGGAACAGAGGAACAGAGCUCAAGCUCUGAAACAAGAGCAAAAACAAGAAGAGGAGAAAUCACCCUUGGAGCAGGAGUUACUGAAGAGACAGAUGAGGUUAGAGAAGUUUGAGAAAGAGGCUGAAGAGCAGAGGGAGAGGUUAAAGUGCGCUCCCGAGUUCAUUAGAGUCAAGGAGAGUCUGAAGAGGACAGCGAUCACGAGUGCUGCGGAGAAAGAGCUGUAAUCACACGUCAGCAACAGCCACAGAUUUGCAGCUGCAAUCAAAUUUAUUCAGCCACAUUUACAUGCAAGACAUUCUGCUGCUGUGAACAAAAAGGUAUGAAAACAGUUCAACCAAGGCAUUGGUAAACUAUUAUAGAAGGGUUAUUGAUGCAUAUCUAACUGACUCUAAGGACAAAAGGCUUAUGUGCAAAAAGGAACAUCCUUAAAUAUUUAUAUUCCAAUAAAGCCUCUUAAGAAGUGCUGACAAGCAUGUCACAUCUCUACUGGCACAUCUCUACUCAGAAAAAGGGGUUGAAUAAUUUUGAUUUGAUUUUCCUGCUGAAAACUUCAUUUAGUUUCAAAAGCUUAGAGUUUGGGUUUUUAAUGAAAUCAGGGAAUAUGAGAACACUAUGUUGAGGACAGGAAUGUUGAAAUGUGGGUUUAAGCAUGUGAUGAGCCUUUUUGUAAUAAGAUUCCAUGUACCGCACCUUAUUUUGCACACAAAAGUUCAGAAUAUCUCCAAAUAUACUGUAACUGUCUAGAUGAAUAGAAUUUUAUGGUCUAUAUUUAUAUGUUAUAUAAUUUUAGGCAUUUUAAUGGUGUGUGCCUAACAAAACCCUGAGAGGGAUAAUAUAAUCCCAUAGACACAAUUUAAUGUGUACCAGAUUAUUCGAUAUCUUAUGUUGUGUAAAUGUUUCUAAUCAUUUGAAUUGUUCAAAUUAGGGAUGCUCCGAUCGAUCGGCCGAAAAUCGGUAUCGGUCGAUAAUCACGUUUAAUGACUCGAUCGGUACUCGCCAAUCUGCCCAAUCUCAUGAACCAAUCGCAGGGGUUUGUUUAUGAGUAGCAGUGUGUAUGUUUGUAUGUGCAGCUACCAUAUAUUGUGCAUAGCCCACAGCAGACACAACAUGUGGGGAGGUAAAUGAUGCGUGGAGGCAUCAGCGAUCGAUGCGCUUGCGUCACAACAGCUAAAAUACAGAUGCAGUGCAAGUUUUUUUACAGUCUAUUGGCGAGACUCAUGUGAGUGAAGGGUUUUUUUUAACAGCUGUGACAUGAACGGAGCAAUCGCUAAAUUUCCCUUUUUAGUAAAAAAAGUCAUGGAUUUUUUUAGGUGUGCAUUUUAACUUCUUAUGCAUCAAAUAUGCGCUCUUAACUUGUUCAUGAUUGAGGCAUGUUGAAUUCUUCUUUCAGUCUUUUUCUUCUUGCAUUGUUUGUCAUUUUUCUUACCAAUUUGUUUAUGCGUGUUAUUAUUUCUGUAAAGUUGCUUCUGGCCAUGACAUGUUCACACUUAAAUAGUUAAAAGAGAUGUGUUUAAGGUAUUAUAUGCAGCAUCCUUAAUUUAUUUUCUUAAGUAAGGCGAGAUCUCCACUUAAGUAUCAUACUUGGAGGGAAAAUGUGCUUAAUGCAUUAUAAAGCAUUCGAAUCGGUGCUCUGUAUCGGCCGAUCACCAUGACAAAGAAUCGGUACUCGAUAUCAGCUGUGAAAAUCCUGAUCGGAGCAUCCCUAGUUUAAGUACACUUUCUAGUGUUAGGCUUGAUUUUCUGUUUCUAGCAUGAUAAAUUAAUUGAAUAAAUUAGCAUGUCUAUCUUUUGGUUUAUUUUAUCAGAUUAGGAAAAAAAAAUACAAAAUUGGAUUCAAAUUGUAAAGUAACAAUCAGUAUCAUUGCAUAAUGCAUUUUUUUUAUUAACAUAUAUUGUUUCUCACCAUUAUCUUCUUUAAAAUUGACCUAUUUAUAUUUCUUUACAUGGGUGACUUUUCACAUGCAAGCCUUUCCACUGAUCAUAAAUCACAAAUCUCAUGUGUAUGUUUUGGCUAACAACACAAAACCUAUUUUUUUGUAAUCACAUUUUGUAAUAGUCUUCCAAUAAAGGGAUGUUUGAGAUGU